CGCACGGCACGCCCGCCAGACCUUCGACGUUCGUGCCCUGCGCACCUCGCUGCUGCGCCCAAGCCGCCCUCGCCACCGUCGACCAGCAGCUCGCGUCGCCGCCGCCUCGCCGACCCGCCUCCGCCUCGUCGCCCCUCGUCAACCUCCGGCUCUCGCUCUCGCCGCCGACCAAGGCUCGAGCCUGCUCCGCCCAGCUCGAAGAGCUCUCGAUGCAGGACUACGACCCGCUGCACCCGGCAGCAUACGACCCGUCGUCGCGCACAGCUCGCCCCGCGUCGGCCUCGGUGCACCACCAGCCCCACCACUCGGACGCGCACCUGUCGAGCGUCGCCCCGCGCUCGCCGCUCGUCGGCUAUGAGCGCGACUACCGCGCACCAGGAGGCGCGGGCGGUGCGCCGACGUCGCCCGGCCAGGGCGAGGCGUGGUCGAGCGGGGACGCGUGGGGCAGCAGCAGCAGCGGGGGAGCUAGCGGCGCAGGAGGGCCGCAGCGGGCACAGGGGCAGGCGCAGGGCGGCAGCAUGGUGCCGAGAUACCCUCGCACGGUCGACGGGGCAGGGCAACGCAGGGUGGACGAUGGCGCGGCGGGCGGGCCCUCGCAGCAGCAGCAGAGGGAGGGCUUCAUCCGGGUUCGCAUCCUCGGGCUCGAGCGCAACAAGCGGGACCUCUACGUCAAGUUCAACGUCGAGACCAACCUGCCCAACUUCCACCACUCGAGCUACCGCGCCGUGUCGCGCUCGUACACCGAGUUCACCUCGCUCGUCUCGGCCCUCGCCGUCACCUGCCCCCAGUCGAUCGUUCCCGCCCUCCCCAUCAACCAGACGUCGGCCGCGAGCGAUGACGAGGACGACCGGCUCAUCAAGACGGCCUUUCAGCGCUGGGUCGUGCGCCUGACGGGCGACCCGGCCGUCAUCCGCGACGACGAGACGAGGAGCUUCGUCGAGAGCGACUUUGGCUACACCCCUCGGGCCCGCAAGAAGUCGUCGGCGCCGUCCAUCUUUUCCCGCGCGUCGCGCCUGCCCGGCGAGCUCGACGACCCGCUCACGGCGGCCAAGGUCAGCAUGUCGCGCCUCGAGACGACCUUCAACGACGCGAGCAAGGUGCUCGACAAGGUGUCGAAGAAGCGGCGCGAGGCGGCGACGAGCGUGAGCGAGUUGGGCGACCAGCUCGAGACGUUCGCCAUGGCCGAGCCGUACGCGCCACUCGCCGGCGGCUUCAAGCGCCUCGCGAGGACGAUGAAGGUGGACGCCGACUUGCUCGCUGCCCAGAGCACCAACGAGCAAGUCACGCUCGGCGACGUCUUCUUCUACCAGUCGGCCAACGCCAAGUCGGCAAAGGACACGCUCUCGGGCCGAGACGCAGUCGUCGAGGAGCAUCGUCGUGCCGUCAAGUCGAGCAUCGCCAAGCGGCGCGAGAUUGAGAAGCUGCGCAGCUCGUCAUCGCUCAAGGCGGACCGGGUCAGCGAGGCGCUCGAGGAGCUUGACGAGGCGCAACGUUACGAGGAGACGCUCGGCCGCCGGCUCCAGGGCAUCUCGACCAACCUGCAGCCGUCCCUCACCCGGCACUCGCUCGACACGCACAACGACCUCCUCUCGGCCCUCCUCGACCACGCCCGCAACUCGCUCCUGUACGAGAAACAGCGCCUCAAGGAGUACGAGGUCCUGCGCCCGGCCAUGCGCUCGAUCCGCCGACCCGAGGCGGGCGUCAUCUACCACACGACGCCGUCGGGUGCGCCCAUGGGCCGGUCGGCAAGCGGCGCGUCGCCCGUCACGAGCGCCGGCGGUGUGCGCGGUCCUCUCGCUGGCCCGCCGGCGUCGCCAACGCCGAGCCGCACGUUCCCGGCGUCGCCGCUCGCCGCGAGCGUGCCCGCACCAGGUUCGCUCGGCGCCGGCGCGCCCGAUCCGCUGUCGGGACGAGGGCUGGGCGGGCCCGACAUGGGCAGCAUGGCGCAGAAGGCGCAGAAGCGGACGGUGCGCAGCAUGGCGAGUUCGGUCCAGGUCGAGGGCGACAGGCGGCAGCGGGUCGACGCAAGGAUGGCGGCGUCGCUUCUCGCGAACGGGUUCUGAGCGGGCCUCGUCCCCUCUCUCUUCCUCGCACUCUCUCCUCUUGUACAGCAUCUUCCUCUGCAACUCUUGCUCUCUUGCACCUCGGG